AUCCUCUCCCGUAUCCUUCAUCGUCUGCGUCAUAUGGCAUUAUGAUACGUACAUUCACAUAUUCAUUACCUGCCAGUACAGUUACUCGUAUCGUGACACACAAAGCUGAAUCUUUCUCUUUUUUAGUUGGUAGUUGCUUAUUGUCGGUAUCGCACGAAUUUUUUCAGUUUUCACGUGGACUUUUCGCCGAUGGUGAGAUCGCGGAAGAUUAAGUAUGCAUCGACGGCGGAGCUAAAUACUCGACGUAUGUUAAGAAGGCGUGAAAUUAAAGACACGCAUGUUUGUUAAACGCUCAGUGUGAUACGACUACUGGUGCUUUUAUUUGUCCUUCUUCAUCCUUAUCCAUCGAAAUAUGUUUGGUAAAUCGCGCAAACAUAAAAAAGAGACUAAUAGCAAGAAACAUCACAUUCGCAACUGGAUGCACUCGAAGAAAAAGAAAAACAAUGAGGCUAACCUCUUUGCUGUGAUAAUGUCCUCUGACGACCAAUCAUCUCCAGCACAGACAUCGAUAUCCACAACGAGUUUCGAUGUACUGGACAACGCAAGAUUGGAGAAGAUUAAUAUAACUCCCAUAAUAUCACAACCAACAAAACCCGUGGUUUCACCAACCAUGAAUAGCGAUGCCGAUGCGAUAGAGGAAGCAGUAUCAAUUGUGCAGACGACGUUACCCAUGCCGGAAUUACAACCGAAAAUCGAAAAGAAUGGUAUCGAGAUGAAGACAAAAAAAUCUUCUGACGAGCCAAAUGAUGACUGUCUGAUCAAUUGCAUUUAUUAUACACAACAAUGUUGCGACUGCACGAUAGUUUGAGAUCAUUCAACGUUUCUAGCUAGAUAAUGCCGAAGAAACAGCGUCUCGCGAAUACUCUGAUCAAUGUUGGGGUUUCAAGAUGCCGCUCUUCGACGCAAAAUUUAGGAUCUGACAUUGCAAUAAGUAUGGC